CUUUUCUUGCGGCAUCAUCACUACGUCUCUUACUCACUGAUUGUCCUCUACUUCCUCAACUACCCAAUGCGCUGGAUGAAUUAAGAUAGGAAUUAGUACCUCUACUCGGCCUUUUGGAUUCUCGGCGGCUCUGAACGACCUCGUUGAAUGAAUGUCCUCUCCGGGCACUCAAGGUACUUCCUGGGACCGAUAUCGCUCCAACAAUUUGACCAGCAUUGAAUUGGACGGCCACUCGGCAGAGACAUGGAAUUGGGCCGCAGAAGAUACAGACAUGGCGGCUACUUCUGGGACAGGGUCGGUUUCUACAGUAGAGGCUAGCCCGGCAGGCGAAGUCUCUAUCACUCAGAAAAUGGUCUCUGCAACCUGUGGCAGUGUCCUAACCGGCCUCUUAGUGACUCCCCUAGAUGUCGUUCGCGUUCGAUUACAAUCUCAGUCACCUAUCAAAAACACUUCACCAUUUACGUCACACACGACGCCUACCCUAAAAAAUGCCCCUCCCAACCUUGGAGUCACUGCUUGCUGCCGAGAAGUUUUCUGGGGAGGUCAAAACUCGGAAAUAUGUAUGGUUGGACCGAGCGGGAGUGCUCUGGGGGCCACCUCCCAGUCAGUUGCCGAGUGUGCGGUGGAGGAAACCCAACGCAGGACCUUUACGUCUACCUUAGAUGGUCUGCGGAAGAUUGCUCGGAAUGAGGGCGUGCUCACGCUCUGGCGUGGGUUGAGUCCGACGUUAAUGAUGGGGAUACCAGGAAAUGUCAUCUAUUUUGCCGGAUACGACUGGUUGCGCACCGACGACAGGAGUCCGAUCAAGCGCGUCGUCCCUGGCGCAUACGUUCCAUUCGUUGCGGGAGCAGUUGCGCGAGUUGCAGCAGCCACUGCUAUAAGUCCGAUUGAGAUGUUCCGGACGCGGCUGCAGGCGACGCCCGGCACUGGCGCGGGACAUUUCAAAGCCACUUUGGAGGGCCUGUAUCAAAUGACACAAGCCAAAGGUUACGGCUCCUUGUGGCGGGGGUUCACUCUCACCAUGUGGCGCGAUGUGCCAUUUUCUGGACUUUACUGGUGGGGAUAUGAGGAAGUAAAAAAAUCGAUCAUCGAGGUUCGAAAGAAGGCACGAGGGCAUAACCCGCCACAGACCGCGCCCUCGUCAACGCAGCUGGGGACCUCCGAUGUGGAGGGCAACACGUUCUUGGAUAGCUUUGUCGCAGGGUCGAUAUCGGGCGCACUAGCCGCACUUGUGACGACACCAUUUGACGUUGGGAAAACACGCCAGCAGGUGUUCCGCCACAUGGGAGAUGAUGCGCCGAGCACAGCUGGCAGCAAACUCCCUAAGGGGCCUCUUCAGCCGGAGCAGCUUUCUCUGCCAAAGUUUCUCUUGCACAUCUUCCGUGAAGAAGGUGCGGCGGGUCUUUUCCGUGGCUGGGUAGCCCGUUGUCUUAAGGUGGCCCCGGCUUGCGCUAUCAUGAUCUCAACAUACGAGGUUGGCAAGAAGUUUGCACGGGAUGUCAAUGAGCGACGGCAGUCUCCGCCUGAUGGUAAUGUCUCGGACGCUUCUUAAUUCAUGCUCUUUAUAAUCUCAAACUCCAAUCUUUCUUAUUCGGAACCUGCAUUCUGCGGGCCUCUCGUCACAACCUGUUCUUCGACUUUUGAGCGAUCUCUACUCAUGCGACUAGUCUCCGCUAUUUAUACGACUCAAGCAUUCAGCCAGCUUGCCGGUUCGCUUGUUGAGCACAAGGUAAUUUUGAUGAUACCACAUCCUAUACGGAAUAUAGAGCUGCUUUGUUUCUUCAAGAUGUCUGUGGAAAUAGACGGGGAGGGACUUUUGUUCUGAAUUCUUGCGUCUGCAUAUUUUGUACAGUACAUACCUUCAACUCUGUAU